GAGCAUUUCUCCUCCCUCCGUUCCCCCAUUCCUAAACGACCACCGAUCCAUGUUUAGCCUUCGCAUCCGAGCCCGUAAGCUCGUCUUCCCCUUCCUCUUUCUUCUCAUCCCUCUAUGCUCUUGGAGGGAUCUUCCCCUCCUUCAGCACACUCGUAGAGGGAGGGAGAGAGAAAGAACAAGGGAACAAAAGGGGGAGGUUUUGGGAUCCCUUCUCGGCUCCUGAUCUCUUCCUUCCAUUUUCCUGUUCGUGCUUGGAAUGGCUAUGGAAGGAGAGAAGCGGAGGUACAUCACCUCCGAGGAGCUCCGGGGUCACAACACGCCGGGCGACCUCUGGAUCUCGAUCCAGGGAAAGGUCUAUGACGUGACCGGGUGGGUCAAGGACCACCCCGGGGGCGACAUCCCCCUCCUCAACCUCGCCGGCCAGGACGUCACCGACGCCUUCGUCGCAUACCACCCUGGCACCACCUGGGCUCUCCUCGACCGCUUCUUCGUCGGCUACCUCGCCGACUACCGCGUCUCCGCCGUCUCCAAGGACUACCGCCGCCUCGUCGCCGAGUUUGCCCGCCUCGGCCUCUUCGAGAAGAAGGGCCACGGCGUCCUCUGCUCCCUCAUCUCCAUGGCCUUCUUCUUCCUCGUCUCCGUCUCCGGCGUCCUCCUCUCCACCAGCACCUUCGUCCAUCUUAUCAGCGGCUUGCUCAUGGGCCUCCUCUGGAUCCAAUCGGGCUUCCUCGGCCACGACUCCGGCCACUACAACAUCAUGACCAGCCCAGGACUCAACCGGCUGAUCCAGAUCCUCUCCGGCAACUGCCUCGCCGGGAUAAGCAUUGGCUGGUGGAAGAGGAACCACAAUGCGCACCACAUUGCCUGCAACAGCCUCGAUUUCGAUCCCGACGUCCAGCACAUUCCCCUCUUCGCCGUGUCCUCCAAGUUCUUCACCUCCCUGACCUCCUACUUCUACGAGAGGAAGCUCGCCUUCACUUCUGUCGCCCGGUUCUUGGUGAGCUACCAGCAUUGGACCUUCUACCCUGUCAUGUGCGUCGCCAGGGUCAAUCUCUUCGCGCAGUCGGUGCUGCUCUUGCUCUCGAAGAAGAAGGUGCCGGGCCGAUGGCAGGAGACCGUGGGGUGCAUCAUCUUUUGGAUUUGGUAUCCUCUGCUCGUCUCCGCGCUGCCCAAUUGCACCGAGAGGGCGAUAUUCGUUGCGGCGAACUUCGCGGUCACCGGAAUCCAGCAUGUUCAGUUCUGUCUCAACCACUUCUCGGCGAGCGUCUACGUCGGGCCGCCUCGUGGGAAUGAUUGGUUCGAGAAGCAGACGAUGGGGACGCUCGACAUCCUGUGCCCUCCCUGGAUGGACUGGUUCCAUGGAGGUUUGCAGUUCCAGGUGGAGCACCACCUCUUCCCCCGCCUCCCGAGGUGCCAACUCCGAAGGAUCUCUCCGUAUGUGAAGGAGCUCUGCAAGAAGCACGCCUUGCCAUACACAGCUGCAUCAUUCUGGGAUGCAAAUCUGAGGACGCUCGGGACUCUGAGGACCGCGGCACUGCAAGCUCGGGACUUGACGAACCCGGUGCCCAAGAAUUUGGUCUGGGAGGCUGUGAACACCCAUGGCUGAGGCUUCCAAGGAUUAUUCACUUGGUGUUUCAGGGGCAUUCUUUCCCCUUUCAUUGGUUGUGACCAACGGGAAAGGAUUAUUGUUCUGAGAAAGAAAGCACGCGCCAGAGGACUCUGUCUAUCGUUGCAUGAGAGCCAAGAUUGUUGCAUCCAACUCUGCUUUUGUUUUCUUUCUGUAUUUAGAUUUUUGGUAGCACCGCAAAAUUAUGUUCUUAUAUCAGGAGACCAAGAAGUAAUCUAAAAGGACAAUUUUGCGCAUGCUUGGCUCUGUAUGUUCCGAGUAUAAUGGGUGUAUGUUAAAAUCA